CAGAUAUAAAUACUGCGCUGGGAUUAUGGCGACAGCCUUUGCUUUUGGGAUACAUCGCUCAACUCUUGCCUCCCCACCUCCUCCUCCUCCUCUCUCUCUCUCGCUCUGUGGAGCUCAGAUUGGUGAAAUCUACAGUAGGAUGGAUGCCUUACCUGAUGCCAUUAUUCAAUACAUUUUAUCAUACGUAGAUAAUGCCAGAGACAUAGCAGUUUGUAAUUGUGUUUCUAAGCGAUGGAAGGAUUCCCUGCCUUACAUCAGAAGACUCUACUUCCCUCGCAACUCUUUUGAGAAUAAUGCCGGAAGGGACAAUCCCGAUGAUGUUGUGUGGAGGAUGAUAUCUUCCAUCGUUCGGUUGGACGAGCUUGUUGUGUACUGCCCCUUCUCCAGCGCAGGCCUUGCUUCAUGGCUCUCACUUGUGUCUUCGUCCCUCCAACGCCUCGAGCUUCGGAUGGACAAUCUCGCUGAACAACAACCAUGUUUGGAGACCCCCUCGAAGCUUGAUUGCAUCGAUGCCGCAAAGGAUUUGGAGUCGCUAAAGCUGUGGGGUGUCCUCAUGACUUGUGUGCCUAAAUGGGACAUAUUCCCGAAACUUAAGAAUCUUGAAAUCGUUGGUGCAAGAUUGGAGGGUCCUGCAUUGUCCUCUGCAAUUCAGGCAUGCCCUAAUCUCACAAGCCUGUUACUUCUUGGCUGUGAGGGGGUUAGGUCAGUUUCGAUUGAUUUGCCCCUCUUAGAGCAUUGUAAGCUGGACUUCUAUGGCUUGGGUAACUGCUCGCUUUCUCUCACUUCCCCAAAAAUUGAAUCGCUCGAGGUACAAGGUUGUAGCUGGAUAAGAGUUCGUGAGACAAAUUGCUUGCGAAAUCUCUCGAUUUCCAAUAAUUCUGGAAGGGUAUACAUGGUGGAUUUCGGAAAACUUGCAGCUCUUGAGUUCUUAUCCAUCAGAGGGAUCCAGUGGUGUUGGGAUGCAGUGAGCAAAAUGCUCAAAUGGGCAAGUGAGGUGAAGCAUCUAUAUAUGAAGGUGGAAUUCACUGGGGAUUUUGAAGCUCUUCAACCAUUUCCAGAGGUUGACUUAGUUGAUUUCUUCAAUAGCCAUCCAAAGCUGCAGAAAUUUGACGUUCAUGGAGCAAUGUUUGCUGCUCUUUGCCAGAAGAACAGCCUAAAAAAUAUAGAUACAGGCUUUACAAUUCCAUGUUUGGAGGAGGUUGCAAUAACAGUAAGAUCCCCAUUGAAUGCAGAACAGAAAAUGGGAACACUUGAGUCACUCCUAAAGUAUGGGAAGAAUCUUAAGACGAUGGUGAUAAAGAUUCUUCAAAUGAAGAGCAGCCAUAGCAGUGCUGAUGAUUUUUUUGACGAGAUCUGCAGGUUUGCAUACAUGAACCGGAAAAUAGUGCGAAUUGAAUAAUGGCUUGCUGGGGUAACUAUUCCUCUGUUUAUUCACACCCAGUGCAACCUCAUAUUCUCUGACCUGCAAUUGACCUGCUGCUUCCCAUAGAAAUUUUCCUCAUUUCAGUUUGUAGUAUGCUUUAUUUACGGCAGAAAUAAAUGAGACACCUAAUUUUCCGUCAGUUGAGCUCUUUCCUGCCUGACUUUUGAGUCCAGAGAAAAACACAGCGGCUAAUGUGAUGGAUCAGUUUGCAUCGAAUAGUGUUUGACAGCUGAAUAGGAGUAGAUAAUUAAACCAACUCUUUGAAAGUGGUUAUUUGCGAUUAGGAUGAUGCAGAUGAUUUGGGAAGCUAAUUUGCUUGUUCACAAGGGCUCACUGUUGUUUUAGAAAAGAUGUGUACUGGGGGAGACAAAGUUGUACUUUGACAGAAAUGUGCAGAUUUCUCGACUUUUGGGAAGGUGUAUUUACCAAAUGGAUUAGUUCUUAUUCUUUGUUUCUUCA